AUGAACAGCGUUCGAGUAUUUGGACAGUCGAAUUAUGCCUCACAUGGUAAUAACAUUAAUUACAUUGGAAAUGGAUUGCCUGAAGAGACAGUGCUUGAUGGAAAAGUAACGAAAUUGGAUGACUUAAGUCCCAUUAUUUUCCUAAAUCGCACCAAAGCCGCGUUAAAUUGUGGAGCGGGAUCAAUGGAGGUGGAUAUGAAAUUCAAUGAAAAGUUUUACGGUGUCGCCUACGCAGAUUUCGAUCGUAAUAGUGCUUGUCAAAUCAUUGGUAAAGGUGAUCUCAGCUAUAAGAUUGAACUGCCUUUGAAAGGAUGCGGAACCAAGCAGGAUCCUCAACGUGUAUUCACCAACAAUAUUGUUGUUCGCUUCCAUCCGGGAUUAGAAAUGGAUGGAGAUGAGAUUAUCACGAUAGUAUGUCGCUACCCACCGCCAAUCGCACCAGUUCCAGCACCACUGCCAAUCGCUCCAGUCGGGCCCGAUCCUAGAUUAGCUGAAAUCAUUACCGCUCCCUUAAGAGGCACGCAGAUUCUUUUUAUUAUCUGCGCUCUCAUGUUCCUGACGCUUUUAUUGUUGGGUCUUGGGGUGUCUUAUUAUUGUCUUCGUCGUCGAACGAUUCCUGUUGUUCGUCGUCUUCCAAUGUACAUGGGAAGCGGUUCAGAGAUAACGAAAUUAAGUGGAAGUAGCUUGGGAAAUUUGUCAGUGUUUGAGGAAGGUCUAAAGAUUCCUCGAGCUCAUGUCCCUGUUCUCCAAGCUGUACAAAGUUCCAGCGAUACACUGCCCUCCGACUAUCCGAGCGAAUCACACUCCGAAAUUGAAGAAGUUGAUACUCGCUCUUUGCCCCACAGUUCCGUCAGUAGUUACGAGAAUCAUGCUUAUUUGCAGGAAGCUUCAAGCGUCUAUAGUGAGAAUCUUGGGCAGAUUCAAGUUCAAGAGAUUCAAGCUGUUGCUGUUACUAAAGCGCCAUCACCUAAAUUUGAUGUUCAAGUACGAGUUAAGCGUCCGCCACCACCACCACCAUCAAUCUCAUCAUCAUCCGAAACAGAAAGUGCUGCCAGUCGAGCUGAACGAAAUAAUUUAUCGACAAUUAUGGAAUCGCAUGAAGAUCGUGAAAGCAUUUUAACAGUUGAAUCACUGCCACAUGAAAUUGUUCAAAAGCAAUUUACUUACAUGCCUGAGAUUCAUCCAGCUCCGAAAUAUGAUGCACAUCCAUUGGGUUAUUCGACACUUAAUAAGAAUGCGAAACAAUAUGAUAGUCUUGAGCCACCAAUUCAUGUCAUUCGUAAGCCUGAAAUUACUUCAGCGGUUGUUGAUGAUGUAUUCUUGAGAACAAUUACUGAGAAGCGAACAAUUGAAGAUAUUGAGAAGCAAAAGCGAAUGGUAACAGAAUAUAAAGUUCGUCCUAUGAUUUCUGACCCAACAUGGGAUGUUAAGAUUAGAAACCUUGCUGAAAGUGGUGGACCACAAUGGGAAGAUUUCUCUGACAUUUCAAGUGCAUCUGGAAUUGCGCCACCAACAUCAAGGGCUCCAAUGAAUGUUCCACCGACUUCUUUCAUAUCUGAAACUGGUUCACUUUUGAGAAGUCCCGAGAUGGUUGGAAAUAUGAAACCAAUUGAAAUGCCAGAAGAAGAUAAAGCUGUUCCGAACUGGGACGUUUUGAUUCGUGUAUUGGAAGAACCAGCUAUUGAACCGGUUGUUCAAAAUCGUUACGAAACGUCUACAAACAUCCUACAUCGUCAACUCAGCUAUGAAGAUCGAGUGAAAUGGAAGGAAAUCAUCACAACUGAGUCAACAUUAAGAAAGAUGUUAACUGAAGCUGUUGUUCGUGAAGACUUUGAAAGAAUUAGUCGUGAUGUACGUUACGAGCAAAUAUUUGAACCACAAUCAUGGGAGGUCAUUAUUCGUAUCUUAGCACCACCGGAUGAUGAUGUAAAGUUACGUGAACCUAAAAGUAAUAAGAAGCAACCUUGGGAUACACGUUCACGACGCAGUUCAUUGCCAACACUUUAUGAAUAUGAUUCUGAUGGAGGGUCAUCAGUUCGAACGAUUAAACAAGAUUUGAUUGUUUCACAACAACAACCAGGACCAUCACAUGCUUACUUGCCACAUUCACGAAGAACUUCACGAUCGUCUUACAGAUCGGGAUCUGAUUUUGUUGAUAUGCGAUCUAUGGCUGAAACAACUGUUGAUUUCACACGACCGGAAUCUUAUUUCGAAAAAGCAUCAGAAGGAAGCUCGUAUCAGCCAAGAUAUUAUGAUGAUGACCGUUAUAGUGAUCAUCGUUCGUUACACCGCUCCGUUAGUCAUCCGUCCCUGGCUCGUUCUGAAAGUGAAUUUAUGGAACAAUGGGUCGCACCAAUAGAUGGAAUGUCUUCACCCGAAGGUAGUCCACGAAUGCGACGUACACAACGCGUCUUGACAACAUUUCAACCACGACCAACUAAUGCGUCGGUAAGCGGAAGUGCUCAACGCGUCGUGACAUCGGAAACACAAUAUUCGGAACAGCGAACAAUGAAAUAUCAAACUGGUGAUAGCUCUCAAUGGUAUUCCAAGCAUCAAUAAUGAAUUUGUCAUGUUCUUCCAUCAGAAAUUUUUUAAAUCGAAAUAAUUCUUUGUGCCAAUUAACACGAAUGUUUACUCUUUUUUUAAACAAUUGUCAACAAAGUUUAAUUCAACAUUUUAAUAGAACGUAUAAUAGAUAAGAAAACUUCUUUUAAUUAAACAUACAUAUCAUUAAUUACAUUCCUUUUCUUUGGAGAAAACUUUUCAUUAAUUUUUAACCUUUUCUGUGAUAAUUUUUAAGUUGAAAAAAAAAAGCAUUCCGGAGCAAUUUUAAGCUCAAUUGAAAGUCACAAAAGUCCAGUGAGAAAAAAAAACCAUUAAAAAUACUCAAACAUUAUCUUUAGAGUAGAUAUAUCUAACUGAGAAAAUCAUAAACUUUCUUCAUGUUCUAUUUGGUGGUGGGUUUAUUGAAUUAUUUUUGUUUCGAAAAGAAUCAAAAAUUUUAAGAUAAGAUUGAAAAACAAGAAAGAAAACUUUUAGUCAGGAAAACUUUUUGAAAAAUUAUCCAAGCAGAGAAAAUUUGAAGUUGAUGGAAACAUCAUAACUGAAUAUAAUAAUCUAGAUAAUUUUUUGACUCGUUUUCAAUGCCUUAUUUUUAUGAAUAUCAUGACGGAGAAAAUGUCGUUCAUCAAUAAAUAAUAAUAAAUUUUACUAAUAAAGGAAAUAAAAAAUGAAAUUUUUU